AGCAUAUAAUUUAAACUGCAUCGAGUGUACCAUACUUGCAAGUCGCAGUCACCCGCAAUAGGUGGAGUGAGAAGAUUCUGUUUAGAAGACCAUGGCUUGCCCUAGAAACGUUGGGCUUGGACUGCUCUGUCUUUUCGCGGUUCUAAUACAAGGUUGUUUCUGCGAAGAAGACGAAAACGUAAUACCAAAUGAACACAAUGUACCUGAAAAGCUCGAACACGGUGAGAAAGGCACCGUUCACUAUAACGUAGAUACCGUCAAACUGACCGGUAGCAAGCAUACAAAAAUGGAUGACAACAAGAAUGAGAGACCUCCAUGGCCCCCACGCCCAGGACGUCGAAAUAUCAUCCCCUUGAAAGCUAAAAAGGCUCUGCCUACAAUCAUUAGACCAGGCCGUAGUAUUUUAGUUAGCCUUACGGGCAAGGCCAAGCGUAGCUAUCAAGAUAGAGUCUUGAGGCCAGGAAGAGGCGUCGUUCCAAAUGGCUCUCCAGAUCAAUUGUUGAGACCUGGUAGAGAGGAUGUCCCUGAAGGACCCCAAAUGCUUUAUAGACCAGGAAGAGACGCCAUACCUCAAUAUCUCUAUAGACCUGGACGCGAGGUGGCCGGACCUCCAUCACUUUUCAGGCCAGGUAGAGAAGAUGUUCCCCAAAACGCCUUCCGCCUGUUUAGACCAGGACGCGAUGAUGUCCCAAAUGGCCCCCCAGCUCUUUUCAGACCAGGYAGAGAAGAUGUCCCCCAAAUGCUCUAUCGACCAGGCAGAGACGAAAUUCCUGAUCAAUUUAACUCAGUGAGAGCAGGGAGACGAAGCCUUGGAUACAAUAUGCCAUGGACGUAUGAGGGAAGCACGGUCAAUUCAAACGUACAACGUAACAGCCAAACUUUCAGACAAAAGGCAUUGGAAGAAACGACAAAACGAAACUUUCAAGACAACAAGCAGGAAAUGAGUGAUCCCAGCUCAUUUCAAGAUGAAGAACAAGAUUUUUAACUGAACUGAAUUCUCUAAAACAAAGUAUGGAAUUCUUUUAAAAAUAGAAAGGAGAUCUUAAGYACAAUUUGGCUAGUAAAUGAUGCAAAAUAAUCGGAUAUCUGGCUUAUUGGAUAUCAACUUUUCUUCCUGAGUGUCUCAAUAGUACAAUUAUAUGUAUAAUAAAGAUACCAAAUAGAUAUGCAAAUAAAUUGAAUGCACAAUUAAUGUGUUGAAAAGCA